AUGGUGGAUAAUAUAACAACAGCAUAUUCAUUUAAUACAAAUAACUUACCAGAUGAUGUAUUAUCAUAUACUGACGGUAAAUUUUAUUAUUUUGUAGAAGAAUUACUCGGUCAAUCAGCAGCUGACCUUUUGAAAAUACAAGCUAUAAAUAACAUACCAUCUUUUUUAUUAAGUGAUGAUGUUUGUGAUAUUAUAGAACUUGCUGUUGAAUCAGAAGAAAUAGAUGCUUUACGAAAAAAGAUUUCAUUUGCGUUUCGUGAUGGUACAUAUCAUGUUAAAAUAGGCAUUAGAAACAAUUUCAAAUACUUAAAUAAAUUGUUAUCAAUGAAAUUAGAAGAAGAAAAUAAGAAAAAACGAAAUCCACAAAAAACAACAACAAAAAUUAAUUCAAUGUCAUCAUCAUUAGCUACAGAAAAUAAUUCAGCAUCAUUACCAUUAACAAAUACAAUGAAUUCAACAUUACCAUCAUUAACAACAGAAACUAAUUCACCAGCAUCACCAUUAACAACAAUUAAUUCAACAUCACCAUCAUUAUCAACAGAAACUAAUUCAACUUCACCAUCAUUAGAAACAAAAAGCUAUUCAGAACCACCACUAUUAAGAAAAAUUAAUUCAAGAACACUUCCAUUAACAACAAAAGAUGAACACAUUCAAUUCAUACUAAGCUUAGUGAAGAAAUGGACCGAAAAUAGUAAAGAAAAUUUACAUCUUGAUGAAUUAGAAUUGAAACCAGAUGUUGAUUAUACAAUAAGUAUAACAGAUAAUAAUAAUGUUAUUGAUGGUGCCAUUAAAUGUAGAUGUGGUACUCGAAUCCGAUUAAGAAUAAGAGAUGGUAAAUUUCAAAUUACCAAUUUUUACAAACAUUUAAGAUCUCCAACAUGUUUUAUGAUGAAAGAAAAAAUAAAGCAACAUAAUCAACAAAAACAACUAUCAAAUAAUACCAGUAGUAAUAAUAACAAUAGUAACACUAAUGAUAAUCAAUCAACAGCAUUGUCAUCAAUAACAUCACAACAACCAUUAUCAAAUAUGACAAUAAAUGAAUCAACAUCUCAAUCACUUCAAACAAAUAUAGUAUCAUUGUCAACGACAAGCGGUACUAAACGCUAUUUGUCGAGUUUAAAAACAACAAAUUCGCCACAAUCAUCAGCAAAAAAACAUAAAAAAUAA